CGAAGUUAAGACGAGUUAGUUUCCCCUUCCCUAAGCAUACAACAAAAACAAAAGCAUAGCACAAAAAACAAUCAUUAAAUGAGGAUUACGCAUCGGAGUCGCAUAACACAGCCAAAACUCGAUGAAAACUUGUCCUGCUUAUAUCAGACAUGUAUAAUGUAGCGAGGUGGGAUACCCUUGUACCGCACAGGCGGCAUCCAUGCAGAAAAGAAUAUAAACACACUACGCCCAAUAAAUCACACAUUAACAGUAGAACCAGCGCAGGCGACAUGAAUCGACUUUUGAUGACUUUAAGUUUGACGGCUCUGGCGAUAGCAUCUGUUUCGGGUGCUGUCGUAUCACGCAAGACCAUUGUCUCCGAAUACGAUUACCCUCGUUAUGGCUUCAACUAUGCCAUAAACGAUCCAAUAACAAAAGACAACAAAGCGCAAUGGGAGGUUAGAGACGGUGACGUGAUCAAUGGUGCAUACUCCUUACGAGAACCCGACGGUACUAUUCGGGUUGUGGAAUAUUCUGCAAACGACAUAAAGGGUUUCAACGCAGUUGUUAAGAAAAUCGGCUCUAAUGUACAUCCAAUUUCUAUCGUAACACAAACCAUUCACGAAAAAGGACCCAUAAAGGCUAAAGCACCUGUCAAAGCUGCACCUGUGGUUGAAAUUACUCCAGUCAGUAUUAGCACCGUUCAUAACAGCGGUCCUAAAAAUACCAUUACUUCGAAUUAUAACUACGGUUUCGGAGCUGCGGCUUUAGCAAUUGGACUCCCUAAAGUGACGUCUUUAGGUCACUGGAGUCUACCAUGGGACCCUGCUACCAGGUCAUACGGGGGCUGGGUGCCACUCAAAGGUCCAGUGGCGCAAGGACCCUACGCGACUGUCUUCAGCAAGAAAUACAUAAACGGCAAAGUACACGAAUGGACUACGGGACCAAUAUCAUUACAAAACGUUAAAUCCAUAGUCAUUAAAACGAAAAAUUGAUUAGUAAUGGCACAACAGUACAGUAUGUUUUGUGUAUAAAGGUAUCUGGUUAUCCCAAGUUUUGUUAAAUGAAAAUCAGAUUUAUAAUUUUUGUUAGAGUAUGAAAAAAAAUGUGUCUUGUACUAUUAAGUGAUUUGGAAUUUUGUGAUGAAAAUCAAGAGUCAAAACACUAGUUAUAAUCCUAG